CGCCGCUUGAACUCGUGACCGCUCGGCAAGUCAGCCGCCAUGGCUUCCCAGCUGAUACCGCCGUCGCCGCCCACCCCCACCGCCAUAACCUGUCUCAGCGACGACAUCCUCCGCGAGAUCUUCCUCCGCCUCCCGUCCCUCCCGAGCCUCGUCCGCGCGGCCUUCGUCUGCCGCGCCUUCCGCCGCGCCGUCCGCUCGUCCCCCGCCUUCCGCCGCAGUUUCCGCGCGCUCCACGCGCCGCCUCUCCUCGCGCUCUUCCUCGAGAGCAACUUUGAAGUGGCCCCGGCCGUUCCCUGCCCCUGGCGCCGGUGCGACCCGGACCUCGUCGCCACCGAUUUCUUUGAGAUCGGCCUCUCACGCCACGGCGACGCCGACGCUGCCGGGUGGGAGAUCGAAUCCCUCAGUCCUACCUACGAUGGCUACUUCAUCCUCGUCAAGGUGGGCGCUGAGGGGAGCGCCGCCUACAACCCGCUAAGGCAGGCACUGGAUCUGUACCUCGGUUACACUGACCUUCAUUUGUACACUCUCUCGUCCGAAGAUGGCCAGGCGCCGUCCCGUGUGGUCUGUGUCAUUCACGAGCGCGAACAAUCGGACCGCGUCGCCGUCUUCUCAUCUGACACCAUGGAGUGGCAAAUUUUUCCCAAGAAUACGCUGCCGCCAGGUGACAAUGCCAUGACCGGCAGGGUGAUGCGUGGGCUCAUCUGGUGGCCAAACUGGAUGUAUAACCAAAUUGUGGUGCUCGACACCACGACCUUUCAGUUCUCUUUAAUCGAUGUGCCGAGGCAUUUGAUGACAGGAAGGGGUAGUUCGACAUAUAAGCUUGGUGAGACCAAGGAUGGGAAGCUCUGCGUGGUAGAUAUAGAGGAUGAUGCACUUGUUUCUCAUUUAUUGACAGCCGGCAAUGAUAGGUGGAUGUUGUACAAGGAGUUCCCGUUGCACCCGAUUGUUAAGAGUUUCACUGGAUGCUCAAUGGAGGAAAAGGACUGCCAUGUCAGGGGGGAGGUUGUGGCGGUCAUCGAUGGAUUCGUAUACAUGUCUAUUUUCUACUGCAAGAACACACAAUCUUGUGAGUUGUAUCUAUCCUUGUGCCUGGAAACAUCGGAGAUGAGCGAGCUCUUUAAUGAUGCAUAUCGGUAUAAUUUGGGGGUCCAUCCCUACAUCAUGGCAUGGCCUCCCUCUUUGGUACAAAGCAAGGAGGAAUCAGAAACUGAAUUCACUGGAGAAAAUAUUGUAGAUGAUGAUCCUAUGGGCACAGCAGAAGCUUCCACUGUGCUUGUCACCGCAGUGCAGUCACUGAGCCAAGCUCUGAUGGAUGACGGUGGCAGUAAUAAAGAAAUAUCGGCAAAGUUAGAUGCCUUAUUGCGUCCCAACAAGGAUGGCAAUGGCUCUCUUAUGAGCAAGAUCACUAAUUUUGAUGCACAGUUGAUAACUGCAAGAGACCGUAUCUUGAGGAUAAGUCCAUGACUCUGAGGUCUGCGAGCGUGCGUAGUACAGAAAGCAAAACCUGAUGGUGUAUUGGUGAUAAGUGUACAAGUGGAAGCUGUCAAGAGCUUGUUGGAACGUGUGUUUAUUCUGAUGCGUGUGUUGUCUGUUGUGUGUUUGUUGUGAUGAUACAAGCUUUUGCGAAAUGGUUUGUAUUUCAAUUUUUUGGAUGGUGUAAAGAGGAUACAUGUAUUACUAGCCUCAUACUUAUCUGAGGAUUGGCCUAACCAUCACUCUGUCAGUAUGAUGGAUGAGCUUCUUAUC